UACCCGCACGAGAUAGUAAAGCGCCGGCGGGGGGGAGGAGCAGCCGACGGGUUUUGGCGGGCGGCAAGGGAGGGGGAAGGGAGGGUGCGAUCUCGGCGCUACUAAUGCCUUGGCCCGGCAUUGAGAUGGAUGUGCCGGGGAAAAGGGGAGGGAUGGUGGUGGGUGGCAUGGCAGACAUGGCAGUUUGGCCGGUGCAGCGCUUGCGAGGGUGCGCGUAGUUCCCCGCUUUCUGUUGUGGCCGUGUUUUUCUUUCUCUUUUUUUUUCCCUUGUGAGGUGGGUGUUGAUUCGCUCCAACUUUUCCCCCGUCGCUGGCAAUUUUUCCCGCAGACUCGAGCACUGUCCGCGUGAUACUUGGUCGACAGGACGACAUUGGAACCCCACGUCUCCACCUGCCGGUGAGACAAAGAGGUGACGGUAUCACUGCGAAUUCCGGUCGGUGCAAAUGAGCAGAAGGAGGAGGGCCCCGCUUGUUUCCCCAACUUCUACCAGCAUCCCCGCAGAUCGCCGCAGGUUUUCUUGGCCUUUUCCCUUUCUUCUCCAUGCUGCCCAGAUUGACUGGCCUUUUGGGCUUUUGCCUCUCCACCACCCCGGGACUGGGGGAAAAAGUCUUGGGGCCGUUGAAACCUUGGCUGGCUUGUCGAUUGGCUUUUGCGAAGAGUGGCGUUCACAAGACAUGGACUAGGCAGGCAAAUAAGGUCAGGCUAGCACGUGUGGACAAUGUUCCAGAAGGAGUGAGAUUUCUACCGUGUACCAACUCGGACCCGCACCGGAGAGAAACCGAAAGGGCCGAAAGCAGUUCCCUGACCCCUGGCUCGAGCUAGGGCGUCGGGUCUUGGAGAAGCGGGGAGGGCGCGAGACGACUGCAAGGAGACGAGGCGGCGCUCCAGAGCGGAUGAGACCCCCCCAUGGGAGUUUUGUGGGCGUGGCUUUCAAGCUUUGGCCUGUCCCAUCGGGUCGCUAUGGAGUACGGUAUCUUGGGAGGUGCGUAGGUAUAUGGGUACCAACGACACUGACAGGCUAUGUACUCUCGACGUCGCAUCCAACAUCGGACCGGCCACUUCCCUCACCCCGUCCCUUCUUUACUCCCCCCUCUCCCUCCAUCUUUAUUCUACCUUUCUCUCAGAUACCUUCCUUGCUUCUCCUGAAGAAAAAAAAUCAGGAACCGGCUGGCCAGAGACAAUUUGUCUACUAUUAAAACUGCGAAGCCAAGUCUUGGCACAGACCCUGAUAUCCACCACCCUCACACGUCGCCGCCGCCAGCCAGCCAGCCGCCAUCAUGUUCACGCGCGAGUGGUGGAGCAAGCGCCGGCUCAAGGUCAAGGACGACCAGCCGACCAAGGCGGCCGAGCUGACGCUGCGGCAGUCCAUCUUCCCCAUCUUCCUCGUCACCAUCCUCUUCUUCCUCUGGGGCUUCUCGUACGGCCUGCUCGACACGCUCAACAAGCACUUCCAGAAGACGCUGGGCAUCGACCGCGCCCGGUCCACGGGCUUGCAGGUCGCCUACUUUGGCGCCUACCCGCUCGCGUCGCUGGGCCACGCCGCCUGGAUCCUGCGCCACUACAGCUACAAGGCCGUCUUCAUCUGGGGCCUGUUCCUGUACGGCGUCGGCGCCCUGCUGUGCAUCCCCGCCAUCCUGGCGCGGUCGUUUGGCGGCUUCUGCGCCUGCAUCUUCAUCAUCGGCAACGGCCUCGGCUCGCUCGAGACGGCCGCCAACCCCUUCAUCACCGUGUGCGGCCCGCCGCGCUACUCGGAGAUCCGCAUCAACAUCUCGCAGGCAUUUAAUGGAAUCGGUACCGUCAUCGCGCCCGCCAUGGGGUCGUACGUCUUCUUCACCUUCCAGGACGACCAGGCGCUGGCCAACGUGCAGUGGGUGUACCUGGCCAUCGCCUGCUUCGUCUUCAUCCUGGCCGGCAUCUUCCUCAUGAGCAACAUCCCCGAGAUCACCGACGCCGACAUGGCCUUCCAGGCCGCCGAGACGCACGCUGGCGAGUCGGACCUGCCGUUCAGCAAGCAGUACCGCCUGUUCCACGCCGCCGCCGCCCAGUUCUGCUACACGGGCGCUCAGGUCGCCAUAGCCAGUCUAUUCAUCAACUACGUCACCGAGGCACGCGCCGACACGAGCCCCGCCAUGGGCGCGCAGCUCCUUUCGGGCGCGCAGGCCGCCUUCACCGUGGGGCGGUUCGCGGGCGUGGGGCUCAUGCACUUUGUCAAGCCGCGUCUCGUGUUCCUGGCCUUCUUGUCGCUCGUGGUGGUGUUCCUGAUCCCGGCCAUCGCGACGCGCGGCAACGCGGGCGUGUCCAUGAUGUUCAUCGUGCUCUUCUUCGAGUCCAUCUGCUUCCCGACCAUCGUGGCCUUGGGCAUGCGCGGACUGGGCCGCCACUCCAAGCGUGGGUCCGGGCUGAUCGUGGGCGGCGUCUUUGGCGGCGCUGUCGUGCCGCCGCUCAUGGGCGCCGUGGCCGACAUCCACGGCACUCCCCUGGCCAUGGUGGUGCCCCUGGCGUUCAUGGUGGCGGCGCUCUCGUACGCCGGCGCCGUCAACUUUGUGCCCUGGUAUCGCGACACGGCCGACGCCUUCACGUCGGCCGAGAUCGGCAUCACCAACGCCGGCGCCGCCGACGAGGAGAAUAGCGUCAAGGGCGAGAAGCGCGUGCUGGAGGAGAAGAGGGUCGAGUCUGGCAUGGCGUCGGGCAUCUGAGGUGUAUAGGAGUGGUGGGUGGUGUCGAUGGUGGACAAUAGAGGUAGCUUGUACGUCGCCUUGAUUAUACCCAUUAAGAAGGUGCUGCAGUUCUCUGCUACCGUUUCUAAGCGCAAAUAUUAUUAAGAUGUAAAUGCUAGCUAGUCACGCUUCUCAUGUCGUGCGUCAUGUCCAUGUACCAAAGGAAUGUGUGUCUUGUAUGUGCAGCUGAUCCCAUCUUUCAUCUCACGUCUGCCUCAUUAACAUCCC